GUGUGCUCGCUGCGGUCGUCAGUGCGCUGCUGCCGUGGAUCUCUACCAGGAAGGGAAGUGCUGCCAUUCACAGUGUUGCACAAUGGAUGUCUGCUCAAUCUACUCGAUUGCCCAGCAGCAGAGAAAUGUUAAAAUAAGCUAGUAUACUGAGAAUAGCCAUAAUCUCCAUUUUACCCCCAGCUCUUCCCAUCUUUGCCUUUUGAAUCUGAACCAGGCAUAUCAGUUUAUUUACAUUAGAAUUUUUCUGAUUGAAGCACAGAGGAGGCCUGGGCCGCUUAUCAAAUUUAAAAUCAAAGCAUUAUCAGAUUUUUUUGAUAGAUUCAACAUUGCUAAAUUUUAGACACAUUUUGUCUUUAAAAUACUAUUUAAUAUCAGAUACUCUUGCCUUAAAAGUAAGAUCAUUAAAUAGAAAGUGUUAAGUUACUACAUUCUAAACAAUGGCAACUGUGGCUACUGUAACACUGGCCGCAACUGUGGCUCUGGCCAUCCACGCACCAAUGACUGAAUACACAUGGCUGUUGGUGGUGGCCUUCAUCAUUGCCUUCGUCUUAGCCUUUUCGGUAGGAGCCAAUGAUGUGGCCAACUCCUUCGGUACAGCAGUAGGCUCUGGGGUAGUCACACUUCGGCAGGCCUGCAUCCUGGCCACUGUGUUUGAGACGCUGGGGUCUGUGCUGUUGGGAAGCAAGGUUAGCGAGACCAUCCGCAAUGGCAUAGUUAACAUCAGCAUGUACGAUGGCUCUGAACACCUGCUGAUGGCUGGCUGCGUCAGUGCCAUGUUUGGUUCUGCUGUAUGGCAGUUGAUAGCUUCAUUUUUGAAGCUCCCCAUCUCUGGUACUCAUUGCAUUGUGGGAGCCACCAUCGGUUACAACUUGGUUGUACCUAAGGGCCAACAAGGGCUGAAGUGGAUGGAGCUGCUCAGGAUUGUUGGUUCUUGGUUUCUGUCUCCCCUCCUGUCUGGGAUAAUGUCUGCAAUUCUCUUCUACUUUCUCAAUAUUUUUAUCUUGAAAAAGGAGAAUCCAGUACCAAAUGGCCUGAAGGCAUUGCCUGUGUUUUAUGCCCUUACCAUGGCAAUCAACCUCUUUUCCAUCAUGUUGACAGGAGCUCCAGUGGUGGGAUUCAAGAAUGUCCCCUGGUACAUCACACUUUCCAUAUCGCUGGCCUGUGCAGCCGUCACAGCAGCCGUGGUCUGGUUUUUCGUCUGUCCCCACCUCAAGAAGAAGAUCGAACGUGAGAUUAAGUGCAGCCCAUCGGAGAGCCCGCUGAUGGAGAAGAAAGAACCUGAGUGCCCCAGCCUGAUGGCCAUGCCAGAGGCCCCCCCAAAGACUGCCUCUGCUGAUCCCCCCGCUCAGCCACCUCCCACAGAGGAGCGGAGAGUGACCAUUCAAAUCGGAGACGGGGACAUUGGAGAUGACAAGGAGAGCAAAGAUUCUGACAGCACCAACAACAACAUCCAAAAUGGGAGCCAAGUUCAGUUCAGCAACGGGCCGGCCCACAUCCCCAGCAACGGCUACAGCCAGUACCACACAGUGCACAAGGACUCAGGCCUGUACAAGGAGCUGCUGCACAAGCUGCACCUGGCCAAGGUGGGCGACUGCAUGGGCGAGUCGGGCGAGCGGCCCAUGCGGCGCAACAACAGCUACACCUCCUACACCAUGGCAAUCUGCGGCAUGCGCGGCGACUUCAGGCCCAAGGAGGGCGAGUUCAAGCCCAGCGAGGAGCUGGACAAGGAGCGGGCCGCGGUGGUGCAGGAGAAGAAGCGGGUGCGGAUCGACAGCUACACCAGCUACUGCAACUCCAUGGCGGAGAAGGGUGCCCUCGAGGGCCUCGGGGAGGGAGAGGUGGCACUGGAGGUCCUGGACCGGGGAGCCAACCCGGACCCGCUGGAGGACGAGGGGUCGAAGGGCGACCGGCCCGAGGUGUCGCUGCUCUUCCAGUUCCUGCAGAUCCUCACCGCUUGCUUCGGCUCCUUCGCCCACGGCGGCAAUGAUGUCAGUAAUGCCAUCGGGCCGCUGGUGGCCGUCUGGCUGGUGUACGACACGGGGACGACGAGGAGCACCUCCACGCCGAUCUGGCUGCUGCUAUACGGAGGUGUUGGCAUCUGCGCCGGGCUCUGGGUGUGGGGUCGCAGGGUCAUCCAGACCAUGGGCAAGGACCUGACCCCCAUCACCCCCUCCAGUGGUUUCAGCAUUGAACUGGCCUCUGCCCUGACUGUGGUUGUUGCCUCAAACGUCGGCCUUCCCAUUAGCACCACCCACUGCAAGGUGGGCUCGGUGGUAGCUGUGGGCCUGCUCCGCUCCAAGAAGGCGGUGGACUGGCGCCUGUUCCGCAACAUCUUCAUGGCCUGGUUUGUGACUGUGCCCGUCUCUGGCCUCAUCAGCGCCGCCAUCAUGGCCCUCUUCACUUAUGUCAUCCUCCCAUCAUCCUGAGGAGGCAUCUUCACUUUGGACCAGGAGAGGGAGAGGGCAGGGAUAAGCAUGUCCUCUUUCCUGCCAUAGCCAUCAGUCUCGGAGCCUUGUGUGAUAGGAGCUGUCGAGCAGCAUUUUCCACAUGAUAUUAGUGUUGCCGGCAUUCCAUCUGUGCCCCAGAAGACCUUCGGUGAUUUGUGAGGAGGGUAAUCUAGUGGCUCUAUUUAAAACAUUGUUUUGUCAUCCUGUUUGUAUAUUCUUAGUAUGUGAAUCUCUUUUUACUAUGCUGUAUAUAGCCAAUUAAAACCAUCUCUUAAAUGGCUAGCAUGUAUGUCAUUACUUACAUUUUUAUGGUGUAAUUAUGUAUAUAUACAAGUUAGUUCUUCAGGUAGUUUUCAUUUUAUACACAUACAAGUUGGACAAAAGAGCAAUAACAAUGCAAUAUUAGCCUUUUUUUACUUCCUCAUACCAACUUGCUAAUACUUAAAAUAAGCAGUAUUUUUAGGUGCUAGUGAGUUCAUAGGGGCAUAUACCUUUAGAUGGCAUAGAUCAGUAGUGUGUGU